UUUGUACAUGAAAUUGAUGACGGUCAAGUCAAGCGAUCGUCUGUGUGUUUCCUUAUUUUGAGAAAUAGUUUAGUACUAAUCAAUAAAAAUGCCGGAUCAUCUAGGCGAUGAUAUGCGUAAACUCAAAGAUGUUACAGAGGAGCCGGAAAAAGAAAUUAAAUCUCUCGAUGAAGGCGAUAUUGCGCUUCUGAAAUCAUACGGCCAGGGACAGUACACGAAGAUCAUCAAAGAGGUUGAAGAUGGCAUUCAGACUGUGAUGAAGAGGGUUAAUGAAUUGACUGGUAUUAAAGAGUCUGAUACUGGACUGGCUCCCCCCGCCUUAUGGGAUCUGGCUGCAGAUAAACAGACUUUACAGAAUGAACAACCAUUGCAAGUAGCAAGAUGCACAAAAAUCAUCAAUGCAGACUCAAAUGACCCGAAAUACAUCAUCAAUGUGAAACAGUUUGCUAAGUUUGUGGUUGACCUCGCUGACUCUGUAGCCCCCACAGACAUUGAAGAAGGCAUGAGGGUUGGCGUGGACCGCAACAAGUAUCAGAUCCACAUCCCGCUGCCGCCCAAGAUCGACCCCACCGUCACCAUGAUGCAGGUCGAAGAGAAACCGGAUGUGACCUACAGUGACGUCGGAGGCUGUAAGGAACAGAUCGAGAAGCUGAGAGAGGUCGUGGAGACUCCUCUCUUACAUCCUGAGAAAUUCGUCAAGUUAGGUAUAGAACCACCUAAAGGUGUGUUACUGUUCGGCCCCCCUGGUACCGGAAAGACCCUGUGCGCUAGGGCUGUCGCUAACAGAACCGAUGCUUGCUUUAUCAGAGUUAUUGGUUCGGAGUUGGUUCAGAAGUACGUCGGUGAAGGAGCACGUAUGGUGCGUGAACUGUUUGAGAUGGCGCGCAGUAAGAAGGCCUGCCUCAUAUUCUUUGAUGAAAUCGACGCCAUCGGUGGAGCCAGAUUCGACGACGGCGCUGGCGGUGACAACGAAGUCCAGAGAACUAUGUUGGAGUUGAUCAACCAACUUGAUGGUUUCGACCCUAGAGGCAACAUCAAGGUACUCAUGGCGACGAACAGACCGGACACGCUAGACCCCGCGCUCAUGCGUCCCGGCCGUCUCGACCGUAAGGUGGAGUUCGGCCUGCCCGACCUGGAGGGCCGCGCUCACAUCUUCCGUAUCCACGCCCGCUCCAUGAGCGUCGAGAGGGACAUCAGAUUCGAUCUGCUGGCUAGAUUGUGUCCCAACUCUACUGGUGCUGAGAUUAGGUCUGUAUGCACUGAGGCUGGUAUGUUCGCGAUCCGCGCUCGCCGCAAGGUCGCCACUGAAAAGGACUUCCUUGAAGCGGUCAACAAAGUCAUCAAAUCCUACGCCAAGUUCUCGGCCACGCCGCGCUACAUGACUUACAACUAGUUUUAUACCUUAAUCCUUACUGUUUGGGUGCCUUUUUCACUGUAUAAAAUUGUGCUCAUUUGUUUUUCAGUGUCGGUAAAACAGAGUCUUGAUGGUGGUUUUACAAUUCCGUCAGUUUGCUCUGUCGGUAAAACAGGAAACACAACUAAUCUUAGCAUUUAUAUCCAUUAACAUUAUUCAUCUUUUCAUAGUGAUAAAGGCAUUGGAAUAGUUUAUAAGUUGUGGGAGAAUGUUAAAAUAAAUUAGAUAUUGUAUUUGAAUAACGUCGAUAUAAUAAAGUUAAUUAAUACUUUU